AGUAGGGAGGCAACCGAGAGACACGUCCACCCCAAAGAAAGCGAACUGAAAAAAAGUCUUGAAGACAAACACAGAAAGAGUGCGAAGGCACGAGGAAAAAUGGGACAGGGCCGGAAAGGUUCCUCAGACAAGAAGCAGAGACAGAAGAAUAGAGAUGACAGCCCAGCACCAGAGAAUGGCAAUAAGUGCAGAGUGUGUCGUUUCCCUCUCCUCGUCGCCCUGCUGCAGCUGCUGCUAGGGGUGGCUGUCACAGCCGUGGCCUUCCUCAUGCUGGCCAUCAGCCCCUCACUCAUGGCCCGGGAGACUCCACACUGGGCUGGGAUCAUUCUUUGUUUGGUUUCUAUUGUUGGGUUCUUCCUCUACUGCAUCACCUACCAGCCAGACGAGAGAUCAUCCACACAGUUUAUUGUUAAGCUCCUGUACUUUAUCCUGUGCACCACUGGCCUGGUCAUCUCACUGCUGGUUGUAGCGUUUGCUGGACAUCACCACUCUCAGGCCAGCAGCUUCACCUGCCAGCAGGAAGGAGACGACUGUGUGUGUGUGCUGGACCAGAGAGACCCGAUAGCCCGCACCUUUGACUACAAGGGGGUUAGCGACUGCGAGACGAUAACCGGCACGCUCAUCUUUUACUUCCUGCUCCAGAUCCUGCUGAACCUUGCGCAGGCUCUGGUCUGUGCCGCUGGAGCCUUCAUCAUGUGGAAGGAUCGCUACCAGGUCUUCUUCGCAGGGACACAGAUCCGAUCUCCCUCCACCCAGCAGUGGCAAAAAGUUUAACAUGUUGGGUGCUCAGUCAGAGUCCUUGGAGGUCAUAUUUCUCUCCUGUAAGACUUAGCGACAAAGGACUUUUGGGUGUGUGCCUUUAUGUAUUUUCUCUUUCUGUCAAUUACAGACAUGUGAUAAAUUACAGAAAAAUCACAUUGUUUGAGAUACUUCUUAGCAACGUUCAGGAACUUUCAACUUUUCCCUCUACAGGGUAGAUAAGAAAUAGACAAGUCUGCUGACAUGUGCUACUCCUCUUCAACAGUGUGCUGUUGAAGUGUUGCAGCUGCUUCUGUUUGGCACCUUAAAAGUAACAAAACCAGGAAGUUUCAUGCAACCACCGUACAGUGUUGCUACAAAAUCCAUCAACACCGAGCUGUUUCCGUCGUAUUUCCAGGAAACUGGGGAUGCAUUGUGACCUCAGCUGAUUGCAGCUGCAUGAUUCACUGAGCUUCAGUGUUGUUUGCAAUCAGUACUCCCCCAAUGCAACCGGACGUUGAGAGAAGUUGUGAUGGAAAAUAAGAUGAGAUGACAAACAGAAAGGCCAAAUUAAAACACAUGGAAUAUGUUUCUCAACCCAAUCAGAAAGUAUCAACCCAAAAGGUCAGGGUAGUCUUUAGAGAAAACUUCCUCCUUUGUAGGGCUGGGUUCUCCUUUUUGAUUCCUGACUGGAAAAAGUCACAGUUUCCACAAAGCAUAUAAUUUCAUUGAAUCCUUUCUGAACUCAAUAAUUGAGAUCAUUGAUUAAAACUGCAUAUCUUCCUUUAAUUUGUCAUCCUUCUGUAGUUGCAAAUAUUGUGGUGAUUUUAUAACUAUAGUGUUUUUUGCACACAACUUUGUACUGGUAGUUUCCAAGCGUUGCCAAAUGAAGAUUUUAUGCACCCAAAAGGAAAACAAAUUUUUUUUUCUAAAAUCUUUUACAUAAGUUUUGCUUUGUUUCAAAACAACAGCAAAUGUGUACACAACAUUUGCUGUUGUGUACACAUCACUGCAAUCAGUAUUUGUUUUGUGGCUCAAAGCACUGGCAUUGUGCAGGAUUUCUUUGGUUUCUCUGUAAAUGGGGUUUUCUGAUCAGGACUGGUUGCUUCAGUGUCCCUUUGAUCUGCGCUCAAGUUUUUAUUUGCAUAACUAACUCAGGUGACACCAUGAGUUGUGUUCUCAGUCUAGGAUUUAGACUGAGAUUUACAAAGUUACAUCAAGCUUUUGCAUUAUGCUGUAAGGAACAGUUUUCACAGAAUAAAAUGGUUGUGUUCAUGGUAUUGACAAAACAUGGGCUCAGGUUUCUGACUCCUGCACUGAAGCCUUCAGUGGUAAACAACAAGUACAGGGCAUUGAAAAAGUAACUGUUCCCUUCUGUUGUUGUCUUUUUAGCACACCAAAAAAGCUUCAGUCUUCAACCUUUAGCCUGAUCAGACUGAGAUUUUUAAAUAGAAAAUAUAGAAACUAUUUUAAAAUUAUAAGUUGAUUAUUAAAGGAAAAAGUUGCCCAAUAGCUAAAAAGAAUCCACUCGAUGGCAGUGAUUGCCACCAAUGUUUGCAAUAACUGGUGAUGAGUGAAGAAAUAUUAGCCUGUUUAAAGCCUAAACUCAAUUGAACUAAGUUUAGACUUUAAUUUUCCAGUCCAAAACAUUCAUUUUAUGAAUUUCUGUGAGCAGUUCAGUGGUGGACUUGCUGGUUUGCUUCGUACUCUUGUCGUUGUCUAUGAUCUGGAUGUUCGAGAGCUGAAGGUAAUGAAUUGACGGUUGAAUAUUUUCCUUCAGGAUCGUCUGCUGGAGAGCAGAACUUAUGGUCCCAUCAAUUAGAACAAGUAAUCCAGUUUCAGGAUGAAACAUGUUUGAUCGUAGGUAUGUUGUUGUUGUGUUGUUGUGUUGUUGUUGUUGUUGUUGUUGUUGUUGUUGUUGUUGUUGUUGUUGUUGUUGUUGUUGUUGUUGUUGUUGUUGUUGUUGUUGUUGUUGGGUUUUUGGGGUUUUUUCUGAGUUGCUGAGCACGCCUUCCAAAAUGUUCCCCUUUUGUCCGGUCAGUCCAAAGAACAUUUUUGAAAAAGUUUUGUAGAUAAUCAAGGUGGGGUUUGUUUGGCAAAUGUGAGACAAGCCUUGUCAAUCAGAAGUGGUUUUAACUUUGGUACUCGCAUAUAGAUCCAAUUGAAUAAUGAUUUAACACAGGGGUCAUUUCUGUUUUCACAUAGAGCCAGGUUAGUUUGGAUAACGUUUUUCCACUAAUAAUAAAAGCAUAUUUUGACAACA